AUGAGUCUCCCUUACACCCCGACUUCCAAUUAUCAUGUCGUGGAGACUCCUCCAGGUCUCGGGAACGCAGCCCGUACCAACGAUGUCCAGGACGAUCGCAACCCUUCAGAGACGGCUAAUACAGGUAUGGACAGUCCGGAAAAAGAGAAGGGUUCUGUCACGGAGAUGCGGUGGAGAGAAUGGUAUCCGACGAGGCUGUGGGUUGAAUACGUCUGCCCAGAGAUGCCGUCCGGUGAAAGGCGAGACCAUCACUCAAAUGAACAGACCUUUAUUGCUUGGUUUUCAGUUGCUGAAAGUAUGUCAGCCUUGGGCCUUGUCGUCGCACAGAUCUCGCGGCUGAAGGAGCAUCUCGACGGCGAGCUGGGCAUGGAAGGGCUCCACCGCAGUUUAUCGGUUUCUCUAGGAUGUGCCUGCCAGGUCCUUGCGGUUGUGAUACUGCUCGUAGGCGCUUACCGAUUCUUUGAAACACAACAAGGCUUGGUCAAUCCGGCGCGCUCGAGGUUCACUCCGUGGGGCAUUUAUUUCGUCACGAUCCUCAUCUUGCUGUUUCUGGUCUGGCUUUUCGUAUCACAAGUUGCUUUUGAUCUCUGGGGGUCUGGUCCUUCAGGUUCGAGUGAGACUGUUACGACAACAGGUUGA